AAAGAUAUCUAUGAUAAAUCAAAAUAAUUUUUCUACACAAAUCAACAUGCUUUCUGAUUUAAGUUCGCCUAAGAAAGUAAAGAAUAUACCUGUUGAGCAAGGAAAUAUAUUUCCAAUAGAUCACUUAAUUUUAGAUUGUACUCAAAAUUCCAUUGAUCCCAAUUAUAAAAAAUAUGAUAAUCUGGUUUUUGAAACUGAAUUGUAUAAAGAAAUUGAAAGUUAUAAUAAUUGGGAAUCUAGUAAAUAUGAUGAUAAACAAGAUUUUUUGCAAGAGUUUGUUUUUGAAUCACAUACUUGUUGUAACGAAAACAAUUAUGAUCCUACUGAUUCUUGUUUUACACAGUGUGAUAUUGAUAAAUAUGCAGAUACAUACAACAACAUUUCUAGCAAGUAUAGUAAUCUAAAUUAUAAUGAAGUAGUUACUAACGAAUAUAGUAAUGUAAACUUUAAAAAUUCUUUACAUAACAACGACUUGACUCUAAAUGGUACAAAAGAAAAAAUAAAUGCUGAUAUUAUUUCAGAUUAUAUACCUACUAAAAGCUUUUCAUUAGAUUUUUCCCAUGUUAUGCCUUUUAAUACUUUAAUUGAAAACAAAAAAAAGUUUCAAGCACUUAAAGAUAUGUUUUUCUUGAAUGUACUACCACGUUCAUUUGUAUACCUUAUAAACGAUAACAUCACAAGAGAUUUAAAAUAUCGUAACAUUCGAAAAAGAAUUGCGUAUCAUUGUAAAUGGUUUGAAUCUUUUGAAAAUACGAAUAUUGAGAUUAUAAAAAACGAUGCCGAAAUUCUUAUUUUAUCAGUUAAUACAAAAAAUCUUAUUUUCGACUGUCUUGAAUUUCUUAAAGAAAUUGCACAAUUAAUUUUAAACUUUAGAAAUUAUUUAAAUCUUAUAUAUUACAAUCGUUGUGAUUUUAUAAGUAAUUUAAAAUUGAUCGUGACUAUGAUUGAUGAAAUGCUGUUAAAAGUUAACUUCGAAAAGACAAAAAAUUUUAUGCGUCAAAUUUUAAUGAAUAAAAGUAUAUAUGCCAAUUGUUCUGGUUUAAAAGUAGAAAAAAAAUUAUUACUGACUUUUCGCAAUAUACGAAAAUUUGCAAAAAAGGUAGAAUUAUAUGGUUUAAAUAUAAAAAGAUUGAAAAGGGUUUUUGAAGUAAAUUUUAAUUAA